AGUCGAGGAGGGAGGCGGCGUCAGACAACUUCCUGUUUCGUGCAGUGCCUAAAAUGGCUUCCAAGGGACGUUCGAGGGCUUCCAGGAAAAAGAGCGUGACUUUCAAAGUGGAACAAAUAGAAUGGUCAAGCAAAGAGUACUACAUCCACGGGACAAGUACUCCAGACAAGAUCAGGUGUCACGGAUGUGGCUGUGUCUCCAAUACGAUAUAUCCUCUGGAAAAUAAAUGCCAAGGACAUGGACUCUGCAGAGAUUGCAAAGAAACAGAUUUCGUUUGCCACUCUCAUCGCGGCCACGUAACAGCCGAGGCGCUACGGAAUGCAGUUGGGCAAACAAAUAAUGCUGCCAGGAAACUUAGGAUUCUGUGUCUGUUUUGCGGAUCUAACGAAGAUUUCUUGAACUUAAAGGAUCAUAUGUAUAAAGAACACUCUUUGGAGCUUGCGGAUAUGCUCAAGGGUUCCCAGAAGACAGAUUACGAGCAAGAGAAACCUGCUUCCACCCAGGAGAAACAUCGAACGAGUUCCUCAACAUGGAAAGAAGACCAUUUCAGCAAGAACGCGGAUGUCACGGUGGAGUUGGAGGGCGAUGAAGCACCUGUUUGUAAACACUGCAAGGAGGAAUGGGAUGCGCGUGACCUUGGGGAACAUGAGAAGGCUUGUCCUGAAAAAGGAGUUCAAUGCCGUGACUGUGAUGAAUGGAUCAAACAGGAGGAGUUAAGUGACCACAAGAAAGUGGACACAAUUUCGGAGCUUCAACAGAAAAUAAAAGAAAUGGAGCAGUGCAACAUGUCUCAACUAGAGGAAGCGAGGAAUGAAAGAGCGAAGCUGGAAAAAAGAAUACAAGAGCUGGAGAACCGUCAGAACGUGGACACAAUUUCGGAGCUUCAACAGAAAAUAAAAGAUAUGGAGCUGUGCAAUGAAAAAGCGACGAAUGAACAAGCGAAGCUGGUAAGAAGAAUACAAGAGCUGGAGAACCGCCAGACGUCUCAACGUGAGGAAGCGAGCAUUGAAAUAGCAAAGCUGGUAAAACGAAUACAAGAACUGGAGAACUGUCAGCUUGAGGCGGAUCAAUAUCGCAUUGACCUUGAAGACGACGUUAAGGUGCACAGGACUGCGCUGCAGAACCUAGAAGAUAAAGUCGGUCGCAUCUCAAAGGAAGCAGUCACCCGAAGGAGAGUGGAGAUGCUCAACGAACGAGUCGAAACGUACCUUGGUCCUUUAGAACGGCUGCUGAACGGCCUGCGUCAUGCAGACAAAGAAUAAAUGGCACUU